AUGGCCGGCAACGCCAACCGAGACGCGGCCAGGGCACCCCACCCCUACAGCGCCCCGCCAGUGGUUGGUGCCCUUCCCAGAAGCCCGCCACUGCCAACCUCCCCAGCCGCCGGGCCCCAUCUCACCCCGCCAGCUGCAAGCGUUACCCGACGCAAUGCCAUUCGUCGACCCGCUCGCCCACCACCGGAGCACAGGGACACCGAGACUAACGGGGACUUGGAGCUCAACUACAUCGAGCUCAAUGGGGACUUGGAGCUCAACGACAUCGAGAUUAACGGGGCCUUGGUCAACACGGCUCUCGGCCUAACCCCUACCACUGCCACAUCUCCUCGUGCUCCAACCACCACUGCCCCUCCUCGUCGUGCUCCAACCACCAGCGCGCCUCAAUUGCCUCCCAUUUUCCCACUGCCACCCAUUCGUCUCUCAUCUCUAUACAACGCCACCCCCCCUCUCUCCGCUCCUCCCUUUCUUCCUCGUCCUCCGCCACCAUCCCGCCGCCGCAACGCCAUGAUCAUCUUGAUCCCUGCAGACCUUCCACAAGAGCUCAGGGACAUCCAACUCGAUGCAGCCUUGACCCAAGAUGAUGACUCAACUUGA